AUGACUUCGCAGUCUAAUGCCAGCGAAACUAAUCAACAACAGCAAGAGAACGAGAUAUUAGCCUUAGAGGCAAUUUACAGUCAGGAUUUCACAUAUACAGACAUUGCAGACGCAAGCCCACGUUUUAGAGGAGUAUUGACUGUCGAACUCGCAUUGCCGGAUGAAGUUCUCGUAUAUUUCGCGAAUAGCAAGAAUGCCAACGAAGCACCAUUAAAGAUAAAACAUUUGCCACCAGUUAAGAUAAUAUUUGAAAUGCCAGACGAUUAUCCCACGAAAGAAGUAUUGUGCUUCCAAUUGGAAUGCUGUUGGAUGAGGUGGGAUUGGUUACAAAUGUUGGAAAGGAAGCUGAGAGAUAUUUGGGAAGAAGAAAGAGAUGUGAUAUUGUUUCAUUUUGCCGAGUUCAUACAUAACAAUGCGAUGGAUUUUCUGCAGAUUCCCGUACCUAUGCGAUUUGGAGAUGAUUAUGUUGGAUCAUCGACGCUAAGGACGGUCAUACGUGCGUAUAACCAAAAAGUCGUCAGCGAAGAAUUUUUGCAUGAUCAUUUCACGUGUGGCAUCUGCUUUGAAGAGAAACUCGGUCAAAAAUGCUUUCAACUGGGCCAAUGCCUACAUGUAUUCUGUCGAACCUGUUUAAGCGAAUACUUUACGAUGCUUGUUCGCGAGGGAUUUGUAUUACAAGUAAAGUGUCCUGAGCCCGGGUGUAGACAGUCACAGCUUAUAUCCAAAGAAGAGUUAAUUGAGAUAAUCGGAAAUGACAUGGAGGAGAGAUAUUCCAUGCUUAUGGAGAAACAACGCUUAGAAUCUGAUCCAUUGGUAACAUUCUGUCCAAGAUCUGAUUGUCAGGCUCCAGUGAAAAAGGACUCUCAGUUUGAAAAAUUAGGCGUCUGUACUAAAUGUGGCUUUGCUUUUUGCUGUUUCUGCAAGCGAACAUGGCACGGAGCACGUGUUGGCUGUAGAAUAAACAACACAGCGAAAUUGGUUGACGAAUAUCUUGCCGCCGACGACGAUAGCAAAAGAAUGCUGGAGCUUCGUUAUGGAGCGGUUAAUCUUGCUAAAUUGGUCACUGAAGUGAAAGAUACAAGAGCCAACGAGGAGUGGUUGAAAUCUAAUGCUCAAUUGUGUCCUCAGUGUGAAACACCAAUAGAAAAGUCUAUGGGCUGCAAUCACAUGAGAUGUACUCGAUGUCAUACUCAUUUCUGUUAUUUAUGCGGGAACUGGAUAGAUCCUCGCAAUCCGUAUGGUCAUUACAAUAAUGCGCAGUCACCCUGCGAUCAGCGCCUAUUUGAUGGUGCCAAUGUGGAACCAUUGGAUGAGGAAGAUGAAUUUGCAAUUCUCUUUCUAUAA